AUGUGUAGAAACAGACCUGGAAAUUCGGAUUUAGUUUCAACUCAUUCCAAUCCAUCUUUGUAUGCAUCUCCUCCAAUUUCAGUUUCACCAAUAUAUCUGACAGCAUGA